CUCGGACAUGUCCGAGCUCGGGCCACAGCAGGAGGACGCCCUGCGACCAGGGGUGAACGUGGACAUCCGCCGCACCGACGGCCGCGUCCACCCUGCUGUGGUGAGUGCGGUACGCUCUCGCCUUGUCACCGUCGAGUGGUUCGAAAAUGGCCAGACCAAAGGCAAGGACGUGGACCGCCAGACGCUGGUGGCCCUCAACCCGGCGCUAGCCAGGGCCUCUCCCCAGCUGCUGUCUCACCGCAAAGACUCGAGCGCUUCGAUCGGGGGAGCACCGGUGUUGCACCGCAAGACCACUGCUGCCUCUCUGCCUUGCGCCCCGGUGCACAGGGAGGACAACAACGAUCUCUGCAACGAGCUGACCCGCGAGCUAGAGCGCGCCGCACAGCUGAGCCUGGCGCUCAGCAAGAAACAGGCCGCUGAGACUGGAGCGCAGCAUCGGCAGCAGCAGGUAGUGGAGCAGGAGGAAGCCGAGGCCGUGGCCGAUCUGCUGCGGCGAUACCGCGCCGUUGUGGACGUCAGCGACCUGUGGAUGACCACGGACGUUAGGUUGCUCACGCGCAUGCUUAGCACGCGCGCUCUAGAGGACGACGCGUGGUUGCGCGAGCUAGAGGAUUUGGUGAGCGUCAAGAUGGAGCUUCUGUCCAAUUUGCGCGACGCUGUUAACAAGCUGCGCAAGAUCAAGGACAGCACGCGCACCUUCAUCCGCGAAGCCGACGGCAAUGGGAGACGUUGA